AUGAACUUCUCUCAAGUUGCCCUUAUCGCUGCCCUUGUCGGGUCUGCUUCCGCCUUCACCCCCGUCUCCCAACAAGGAGUUUCGACCGCCCUUUUCAACGGACCAACCAUUGGAGCCGGAGGUAUGGCCGAUACCCGUGACCCCGAUGCCUUGGAACACGAAGAUGCCCGCAAGUCCAUCUCCGCCGCUCCUUCGUUCGAGGAAUACUUGAAGAUGCGUGACGGUGGAGGUGCCGCACCUGCUGCUGCCGCUCCUGCCCCAGCUGCCCCUGCUGCUGCUGCCCCUGCCCCAGUUGCCGCCCCUGCUGCCCCUAAUGCCUCAGGUCUUUCUUACGGAAAGUACGACGGUGAAAUGUGGGACAUGGAUGCCAAGACCGAGAUCUACAACGCCUGGGACCCCAAUUCCCCUCGUUCUCCCAUGAACUUCAACCCCUUCGAGACUUGGGACGGUAACUCACCCGAUGCCAGUGGUUUCUACCCUGGUGAAGGCCGAUACAAGGACCCCGCUCGCCCAAAUGUCAACUUUGAAAUCAUGAUGGCCGAACGUGAAUUGUCUGAUGCCCGUAAUGCCAACCCCAAGCCAGGUGAUGUCCCAGGAUGCCCAGGAUGCAGAAACUAA